AUGACCGCUUUCCACACCUUCGAAGACUGGGAACUACUUCUUUACUGGAUGGCCUUACAUGGUAUCAAUUUACCUCUUGCCUGGGUUGGCUACGAGUACAUCCUUGUGGAGGUCUUCCAAGAGGCUGGACUUUCGGAUGCUGAUAUUGCGGACUUCCGCUCCGGGCCUGCCUUUCGAGCAUGGAACCGGUUUGGCAACAUACAAGGUAGCUGGACAGUAGGGGAGCUGCCGAGACAAUGGAUGGACGAUCAAUUUGCACUGCAGAAGAAGUUGGUUUCGCGAACAGUGGAACUUGGGAUGACCCCCGUCAUGCCCUCGUUUACUGGUAUUGUUCCUCUCACUUUCGCAACGCUAUAUCCCAAUGCAUCCGUAGUCGUCCGUGGCCAGUGGGGUGGUUUCCCACCUACGUAUACCAACGAUUCGUUUUUAGAACCAUUCGACCCUCUAUUUGCUGCACUACAAAAGUCAUUUAUCGACAAGCAAACGGCAGCAUACGGGCCAAACACGAGAUCGAAACCGAAGGACGCAGCGUUCGUACCGCUAGACAUGAUCUACAUGAUACUUAAUUACAUCAUAAUGGUUGCUCGUAUACAAAUCUGA